AUGAUACGUGAACAUUGCAGCAGUAACUGGCAACUUCCGAAACUAAGACAGGCAUUGAAGAAAGAAAUCAACAUUCUAGAGUCAGGGCAGCCGACACAUUCACCGGAAUGUCAUAACGCUACAGCUUCAUUCUUCACCGGAACGAGACCAAAUCCCACGAGCACGCGCAAACAUCAGACGACAAUUUCAGAAAGAUCAAAACGCCUAAGAUGCCCAUUCUGUGACGAUCAUCACUUUGCUUGUGACUGCAAGAAGCAAACAGCCCCACACACAAACUUGAAUGCUACUGCCCCAAGCUUUACCACAGCUCCUACCCCCGCAUACACAAAUGUGAACGCUACAGCCCCAGAAUUUACCCCAGCCCCUACUUCCGUCAGCAGAGAUAAUGUUAUAUCCGGUUCUAGUGGACAGUCCGCUAUACUCCAUUCUACUACGCAAUCAAGACCAAGUGUUUUAUUGAAGACCGCAGUUGCCAAGGUAACGUCUGACGGCAAUUGUACAGAUGUUAAUAUAUUGUUCGACGAGGGUGCACAGAGAUCAUUUAUUACAGAGGAACUAGCAGACAAACUUCAACUUAGCCGAAGUGGCACAGAGGUCGUACAGCUUGCAGCGUUUGGGUCGUCUUCGAUGAAAGUCAGCCAUAAAAAUAAAGCAACCAUGUAUUUGUUGACUGAUAACAAAGAGAGGAUAGAGAUAGAUGUUCUCAUAGUACCAACCAUUGCUGUACCAUUGAGAAACUUACAUCGUACCACAUCAGCACUUCCGUAUCUUAGAGGGCUUAAACUUGCACAUCCUGUUACAGAAGAUGAAACAUUCAACAUAUCGCUAUUGAUUGGUGCUGACAAAUACUGGGAUAUCGUUGGAAACCGAGUAGUCCGAGGCAACGGUCCGACUGCGGUCCAGUCUAAGAUAGGAUACCUACUGUCCGGACCACUUCCGAUACAAUCAACAGAUUCGGCUACAGAUUACAUCAUGAACCUCAUUACAUCCCCGCCAGAUGUGUCAGACUUAGAGAGAUUCUGGAAGUUAGAAUCAUUAGGUAUCACCCAUGAAAAAGACGAGGGAACUACUUCUGACUAUCUUACGACCUAUCAGAUGAACUCAAUUGAAUUCAAGGACGGUCAUUACUCAGCGAAGUUACCAUGGAAACGUGAGCAUCAACCAUUACCCGACAACUACAACAUCACAGUAAGACGAACAGAGAACACAAUACGGCGACUUCGUCAAGACCCGGAUAUUUUGCAGAAAUACGGCAAGAUAAUUGCAGACCAAGGGAAACGAGGUUUCGUAGAAAGAGUUGUAGUUGACUAUACCCAGAACCAGAUACACUAUAUCCCACAUCACGCCGUGAAGAAAGGUUCGGAUACUACGCCUAUCCGAAUAGUAUUUGAUUGUAGCUGUCGACAGAACAAAGAUUCCCCUAGUCUGAACGACUGUUUAGAAUCUAAUCCCCCAGAGCUCAACGACUUAACUUGUAUCCUUAUGAGAUUUCGCCUACAUAGAUUUGCCGUAUGCACCGAUAUUGAAAAGGCGUUCCUGCACGUGCAACUAGACGAGAAAGACCGUGACGUCACGAGAUACCUGUGGUUGAGCGACAGCAACAAUCCAUAUAGCAAUUUGGUGACUUACAGGUUCAAAUCCGUUCUAUUUGGCGCUACUUGUUCACCAUUCAUUUUGCACGCGACACUUAUGAAACACCUCGAUAAAAAUGAACACGUCUGGGUGAGUGAAACCUUGAGGAAGGACUUGUAUGUGGACAAUGUUAUUUCUAGUUUUCCAGAUGAGGGUACCGUAGCAGACUACUUCCGUGAUACACGUGAUCUGAUGUCGUCUGCUGGCUUUAAUUUACGUUACUGGAACUCCAACAGCAAUCGUCUGCGAGGUCUUGCUGAAGCCGAAGAUGUGCUUGACUCUGACAAGGUCACGAAGAUUCUUGGCAUGCGAUGGGAUCCUAUUACAGACCAGCUAUCCGUGGCACAAAAGAACAUUCCUACGUUUGAUUCCAUGACAAAACGGUCCAUACUUCAAGAAACAGCAAAGCUAUAUGACCCAGUUGGUGUCUUCAGUCCAUUAACGAUUAGAGCCAAAAUUCUUCUGCAAGAUAUAUGGAAACAGAAAUAUGACUGGGAUGUUCCCCUCCCUGAAGACAUACAAAUUCAAUGGUAUCAUUUAGCAGAAGACCUAAACUGUUCGAUUGUGACAAGAUUCCCGAGGUACUACUUUAAUGAAGCAGACGACACAAGUACUUCCGGUAUAGCAGAAGAUGUAUCCCUUCACGUAUUUUGUGAUGCCAGUCUACAUGCAUAUGGAUCAGUGGUCUACAUAUCUCGAGGAAAGAAGUCUACAUUUGUUAUGGCGAGAUCGCGGGUUGCGCCACUGAAACAGUUGUCCCUACCAAAACUCGAACUCAUGGCGGCAGUGAUCGGAGCCCGUCUACUGACACACAUUCUUCAUUCAAUACCAGCGAAAAAAGUCUACAUGUGGUCUGACAGCCAGAUAAUCCUCCAUUGGUUAGUAUCGAAGCGAAAGUUGACAACUUUUGUCCAGAACAGAGUAGCAGAGAUUCAAGAGCUUACGGAAAACCGGAAGUGGAGGCAUUGCCCAACACAUCAAAACCCAGCUGACCUGUUAACACGAGGAAUCUCAGCCAUAGAGCUCCAGAACAAUAAGUUAUGA